AUGUCGGCCCUCAGCGAGGCCUCCACGCCGGCCCAGGAUACGGCCCCUCCGUCCAUCGACACCCAGCAGCUCCAGCAAGCACACCUCGCCAACGACCUCCACUCUCAGGCCCAGGGCCUCUCCUCCGGCCCCAGCGCCGCCAGCGACAGCGGCCGCAAACCCAAGGCGCCGUCAGUCCGCCGGGCAUGCACAGCUUGCCACUCCGGCAAGACCAGGUGCAGCGAGGUCCUCCCUUGCCAAAGCUGCCUGAAGCGCGGACUGGGUGAUACCUGCGCGUACCCAGAUCCGGACGCCGAUCACGUUCAGCAGCAGCAGCAGCAGCCACCGCUUCAUUCAGCCCAGGUCCCCUUCGUCGCGCCCCCAAUGCCCUACCCUCCACCGCCGAUGCACGGCCUCAACCAUCCCAACUACUAUGAUUAUAACAACGCAUUCACUGGAGCAUCAACUUCCACGUUCCGUCCCAGCAAACGACCACGGAAUCUGACCGAGGAAGAGGCCGCCGCUAUCACCCGAAACUUCACCCGCGGCGACUUUUUUGUCGGCACCAGCGCCCCCGUGCGCAUCGACCCCCGCCUGCCCGUCAGGCUCACGCUAGCCGAGGGCGACCAGGUCCAUUUCUCCAUUGGAGAAGCUAUCGUCUAG